CAUUUGUCAAUAAAAACAUCGUGAAUUGUGAAAUUCAUUUGAGAUCAGUGAAAUUUAUUGAUUUAACAGGUCUUUUACUCUCUCUAAUUAUAGGAAUCAUAACUUAAUAAUGUUUUACGAAAUUUAAUUGAACUAAUUGGUGAGUUUGUAUACUAAAAAAAUAGUCGAAACCCACUAGUACGUAGCGAAUUAACAUGGCGUUUCGGAUCGACAUGUGCGGAUGAUAAAGUACGUUCUUUGUGGUUUUAUUCCAUUUAAUAUUAAUUUGUUGAGAAUCGUAUUCGAGUAGUUAAUUCGUUGGAGUGUCCCUAGCAUUAUUCAUUAGUUACAUAUUAAUUCCGUGAGUUUGUAUGUAGAAUUACGACACAAGUACUGCAAUGGUGAAAACCCGUCGCAGUAAUGGAGAGAACGGGGAGGUUGACGAUGGGAAUUACACUGUAAACGUCGUGGGCAGCAUCUCAGAUGAGAAGGUGUCUAACUGGACCCAGCGAGAGCUGAGGAGCAGUCAGUACAAAGUUACCAGAAAGAUCCAGCGCUGGCCUACUAAAUAUCGCAAGCGUAGAACCAUAAAAAUGCCACGAAUCGUUUUCCCUGAAAGCGAUACAGACCCUGAGAAGUACUCGAGGCGUUCACGACAAGUGAGAGUGUUUUUUGCUGAUGAUAAUGACACAACAAACAGAAUCCGUCGUAGUCGAGCGCCCAGGAAGAAUUACAUGGAAGACAGUGAAGACAAACCAAUACAGGAAAAUGUCAGAAGAAGUUGCCGCAAGCGCAAACUGCUCCAUCACAAUUUCAACGAGAGCUGGAUCACUAAUGAACUAAAAGUGAAAGGAUACCCAGACUUGUAUGGCUUUCCUGGUUCCAGUUCAUCUGAUGAAUUCACAUCUGGCGAUGAAGCGAGAGUUUCUUCAAAGAAAUUGACUCCGAAUCACCCACAAACGAACACAGAUGAAGACACGCAGCUGUCGAGACAGCGUCGUACUUCAGCGAGGUUCACCAACAAGAAGAAUAAUGGUGGUACUGAAUCGGAUUCAGAAGAUGAAAAUAAUCAAACGGUUAUAGAAAAGAAACCGGCCAACGGUAUCGAAGUAAACAAGGCUGAUGAUAAGUUGAUGCACGUCGACAACGGAUGUAAGAGUGAAAACUUAAAGACUGAAAGAGAGACGGUGCAGGCACAGGAUAGUGAGAGCAACCAACCACCCUCGAGAUCUACCAGAAGGAAACCGAGAGGUAAACCGAAGAAAGACGACAGCCAGAACGAGACUGCGUCGGAGACGUCGUCGACGGAGUCCGGCAGCGAGCUGACGCUGGGCCGCCAGCCGCGCCGCUCCAAGCGCACCCGGAAGCCGCGCUCUGCUUUCGUCGAGAUCGCGCCCGCAGAAACACGGGCCAGAGCAAAGACGUUCACAAUAAGAAAGAAACCGUACAGUUUGAGAGAGAGAAAACCAAAGAUAUUACGCAGAAAAACGAUCAGAUCACAAUCGCCUUCAAGCAGCAGCACCACCAGCACGUCCAGCUCGGAUACAGAAGAGGACCUCAAUGUUUCUAUGAAAAACAAAACGAAGGGCAGGCAAAAAUCUAAAUCAAUGGAUGAUAAGAAAACAGAUAGAGCUUUGAGAGAUAUACAGCCGGUAGAAGUCGACGGUAGCGUUAGGUUUUCAUCGGUCGGCGGAUUAGAAGAGCAUAUAAAGUGUCUACGAGAGAUGGUCUUGUUCCCCCUCAUGUAUCCGGACUUGUUUCAAAAGUUCAAAACUCGACCAGCUAAAGGAGUUCUGUUCCACGGCCCUCCCGGAACUGGCAAGACCUUGCUGGCGAGGGCCCUUGCUAAUGAAUGCAGCUUAGUGGGAGGAAGGAAGGUGGCGUUCUUCAUGAGGAAGGGAGCCGAUUGCUUGAAGAAAUGGGUCGGCGAGAGUGAAAGACAUUUGAAGUUGCUUUUCCAGCAGGCCAACAAAAUGAAGCCGUCUAUUAUAUUCUUCGACGAGAUCGACGCUUUGGCUCCGGUCCGCAGCGUGCGGCAGGAGCAAGUGCACACCAGCGUCGUCGGCACCCUGCUGGCUGAGAUGGACGGACUCUGCGACAGGGGGGAGGUGGUGAUAAUAGGUGCGACGAACCGUCUGGACGCGGUGGACCCGGCGCUGCGGCGUGCGGGCCGCUUCGACCGCGAGCUGCACUUCCCGCCGCCGCACGCCGCCGCGCGCCGCGACAUCCUGCACAUCUACACGCGGGACUGGCAGCCGCCGCCCGCCGCGCGCACCCUGGAUCACGUCGCAGACAUGGCCAGCGGAUAUGGAGGUUCCGAUUUGAAGGCUCUGUGCUCCGAAGCGGUGUUGAAGGCGCUGAGGCGUGUCUACCCACAAGUCUACGAGAGUGAAUAUGCAUUGCUUAUUGACGCUAAAAAUGUGGAAGUGAGCAAGCAAGACAUGUUGGAGGCGAUGCGCAGCCUGGUGGCGGCCGGCGCCCGCAGCAGUCCGCCGGCGGCGCGCCGCCUGCCCGCGCACAGCGAGCCGCUGCUGCACGCCCAGCUCGACGCCGCUAUGCACGUGCUCAGGAACGUCUUCCCGCACCACACUGACUCCGAGAAGAGGAUUAGUGGUUCACUAUCGUCGAGUGCCAUGUUGAUAACAGGCGAAUGUGCUGAGACGCAUUUAGCUCCAGCCCUGUUGGCGCAGUUGGAGCACUGCACCGUGAAGGAACUCAGUAUGUCAACUUUACAUUCAGCGCACACUUUCACUCAAGAGCAGGCUUUGAUAUCGGUAUUCUCAGAGUGUCGUCGCGCGGACCGCGGCUGCGUGUUGUACGUGCGCGACGUGGCGGCGGUGUGGGCGUCCCUCGCACCCGGGCCGGGCGGGGCGCUGCUGCUGCAACUGUGGCGCGCCCGGGCCGCCGGGGACGACACUCUGCUGCUCGCCACUUCGUCGGUACAGCACGACGAGCUGCCACAAGAGAUACAAGAACUGUUCCCGCUGCACAAGGAGUGCGUGUACCGCGUGCGCGAGCCGAACGCGUCCGAAGUGCUGUCGUUCUUCGAGCCGAUCUUAGCCGAAGCGCUGUUAGAUCCACCUCCGAUCGAAAACAAUGAGCCGCCACCUCCAUUGCCUAGAGCACCUCCCCCUCCCCCUCCACGUGAAAGCGAAGAAGAGGUGUCGCGGCGAAAACGCAAGGAGGACUACAAGUUGCGGGAGCUGAGGAUAUUCCUGCGCGACAUAUGCAGGAAGCUCGCUUCGAACAGACGCUUUUACAAGUUCACUAAGCCCGUUGAUUUGGAAGAGGUAACAGACUAUUUACACAUCAUUAAGCAACCCAUGGACCUAGAGACGAUGAUGACCAAGGUCGACCUGCACAAAUAUAACUGUGCCAAGGAAUUCCUCGAUGACAUCGAUUUGAUAUGCGCGAACGCCUUGGAGUACAACCCUGAUAGAACGUCGUCCGACAAGCAGAUCCGUCACGAGGCGUGCUCGCUGCGGGACCACGCGCACGCGCUCAUCGACGUGGAGAUGGACAGCGACUUCGAGCUGGAGUGCCAGGAGAUUGCGAAGCGACGCCGCGACGAGGGGAACGAGGCCGAGGACCUGCCCGACUUUAUAUACACCGCUUCGAAUCUACCACAAGGCUUGGAUUCGCUGCUCAACAAUGACGACAGUAAAUCACCGCGUACUCCUCAGAAUGGAGACAAGGAAGCGCACUCGGCGAAACGUAAACGCAGACGCAUGAACGCGUGGUCUAAAGGUUUGGUGGCUAAAAGACCGAAGACGCAGAAGUGUUCACAGAGUUUAAAGGACCAAAGCGUGCUGGGCGUCACGGAUGAGGAGUGCAAAGAGAACAAGCCGGUGACGUCGACGCCGCUCCCGAACGGCUCCCCCUCCCCCUCCUCCUCCAGCUCCGGCUCCGACGACGACGUCCCGCUGCGCCGGCCCCGUCACGACACCGACACCAUGUGCAACAUCACCGUGCGACACAACCACGUUAUCGAGAGUCCAACAAAGUCAACAGAGAAACCUUCGACUAAAACAUCACCAAAGAAAAGAAAUUCGGGAACCGAGGCCGCGAGUGGAGAUGCAGAGAAAGUACUGAUCAAUAAGACUGAAUUAAAAAAUGUUGUAUUUAUGAACGCGAAGGCCCUGAGGUAUAUCGGACUGAGCGCCUUGCUGGACUUGCACUCGCAACUGACCAAGAUUGUACGAGAAUAUUCAAACAAAUACGACAGAACUAAACUACCGCAAGAAAUGAAUAAAGUCAUCGCUAGGUACGUGCAGCUACUCGAAAAAGUUUGUUGAAUUUGAAUUAGUUCAACUGAAAACGGUCGGUUUCUGUUUGUCGUCCGGGUUUUGUUCGAAGGUCAUAUAGCCAGAUUCGUAAAUUCAAAUUGAAUGAUGGAAUUUCGGUAAUCUGAGAUUAUUAUAAUUGAGAGGGCCAGAGUUUUCUUUUUAAGCAUUAAUUACUCUGCUUAGUGUUGUUCGUUAGGCUGGACUGUCGACAGCAAUGCUGGCGGUAGUAAUAAAAUUAAUAAUCCUCAAAACCCCUUAAAACAAGACAAAUUAGUUUUAGAGGCAAAUUUUUUUGCUGAGAAUCAAAUAUAGAAAUAAAAUAUUUUGUUUGUGCUGCCAUCUAGCGAUAAGUUGGUGUUCUAAUUGUUGCCAGAUACAAAAAAAAAGACUAAAUUACAAUAAUUUCAAAGUUACGGAGAAGUAUUAAUGAUUGGUUUUGGAAUGAACAUUCCGGUCUUUGAAAUACAUUUUAAUAAAAAAAAAAAAA